AUGAUCCCUGAGUACAAUGCCGCGGGAAGAAACCUGCUCUUUCGUGGAGCCCCACACUGCUCGUGGACGCGGCCCUUGUUUCGUCAUGCGUGCUUGUCUAAAUGCAUGAAACAGUGUGUGUUGGUGGAGAACGGGGGCGCGGCUUUAUGUUUGCGUUUCUCCCAUCCGGUUCAUAUAUGGAAGGCAUACCACCUGCAGCAAAACGCUUCUGCAUUGCCUCGCUUUGCUGCCGAGCAGCUCGACUCCGAGAGCUUGUCAUUCGCCGAUGUUCAGCUAACAAUCGAGCAUGCAAAGCAAGGAAAGCAUCUGUCCACUCUUUUCCCUGUCACGCUACUUUCCGUUCUGUUCCUCCGGUCCUCAAUUAUCCACCUAGUUCGAUUCAAAAGGGAUUGA